CCACCCGAGAGAAACACGGCGCGAUGCCUCUUCGCUGCCAGCAGAGCCCGGUGCUGGCGGGCAGCGCCACUUUGGCCGUCCUGGGGGCACUGGUCCUGUACCUGGCGGAGCCCUCCGGCUACGGGAAGUACUCAGAGAGCCUGACGUCCUCGUCUAUCCGCCUGCCUGCCCGCGCUGCCUGGUUCCUGCAGGAGCUGCCCUCCUUCGCGGUGUCCGCGGGGAUCCUCGUUCGGCAGCCGCGCUCUUUCUUCAGCCUGCCUGCUACUGUGCUUCUGGGCCUCUUCUGCACGCAUUACUUCCACAGGACAUUUGUUUACUCAUUUCUCACUAGAGGGAGGCCUUUUCCAAUUGUACUCCUUUUCAGAGGCUUUGUCUUCUGCAUGGGAAAUGGACUCCUCCAAGGCUACUAUCUGAUUUACUGUGCUGAAUACCCUGCUGAGUGGUACACAGACCUACGGUUUACCCUGGGUGUCUUCUUGUUUAUUUUGGGAAUGGGAAUCAACAUUCAUAGUGACUAUAUAUUGCGACGGCUCAGGAAGCCUGGAGAAGUCGCUUAUAGGAUUCCACAAGGUGGCUUGUUUACCUACGUUUCGGGAGCCAAUUUCCUUGGUGAGAUCAUUGAAUGGAGCGGCUAUGCCCUGGCCUCUUGGUCCCUCCCAGCACUGGCAUUUGCAUUUUUCUCACUUUGUUUCCUUGGGCUGCGAGCUUUACACCACCAUAGGUUCUACCUCAAGGUGUUUGAGGACUACCCCAAAUCUCGGAAAGCCCUCAUUCCAUUCAUCUUUUAAAGAAACCAAGUAAAAAUGGAACGUAGCUCUCACAAUACUGUUGAAAACCAUCGAGCUGCUGAACUUGUAACAUUAAGAGACUCACACUCUCCCGACUGAGCUAGCCGGGCACUUGUAGCAUUUAAAAUUCAGCUGUGUGUAUAGAAUAGUAGGCCUCCUGUUUUCCGACAGCUUGCCUGGGGAUUCUGGGUGGUGCCCACUUAGUGUUUACUCUCAGCCUCCCAGGGUCUCUAUCCUGAUCUCCUACUGAAGCGUCACCAAGCUCUUUUUC